AUGGUGCUCGUAUCGGUAGAUGAAAUAAAUCUUCAACGAUUGUUGGAUCGUACGAAGCGAUUGUGCCGAGAGAAUUCAGCUGAUAAUAUUUGGAAGUUGAAAGCGGCAAUCGUUGAAUUGGAAACAAUUUUCAGUCGUCUUCAGGACGAUAGGAAUCUUGAUACGGAUUUAUUAAUGCAAUAUGGACGUGACGUUCAUCAGAUACGAAUUCUUGUCGAAGCACAGCAGAAAAAGACACCAGUGGAGAGGUUACGGUGGAUUGAACUGAUCCCAUCGGCAUUCCCAACUUCAGUGAUUUCAAAUGAUGAUUUCAUGGCAGAACCGACACAGUCCAAUUUGCUCAUUGAUAGACAACUGUCGUCGCAGUCAACAACAGACUCAGGUUCUAUAAGUGUUGAUAUGCUCAAAGCGAAGAAUAAAUCCGUUUAUAUUGCCGAUCUACGUAAGCAACUUCUCGGUGGAACACAACGAGAAAUACGCGAAAGUGGUGAAGAUGUUCUGCAUACAGAAGAAAUGAAGCAAGAGGAAUUAGCCGAGGAACUGCGUGCAAUGGCCAUAUUGAUGAAGCAGACCUACAGCACUGCAGGAGAUGUUAUCAAACAGGAUAACGUUACGUUGACAAGACUGCAAGAUACGGCUGAACUGAACAGAACGAAACUAGAAACUGAGAGUCGCCGCCUUGAAGAGCAUGCAUAUCGAUCGUGGUGUGAUUGCAUGUAUUUGAUUGGUAUUUUCGUUAUCGUCGCAUCUUUCAUCGCUAUGGUUCUCGUUAUGAGAGUUUUCUCGAAGAAAUAUUACCAUUAA